AUGGGAAAAGGCAAGGGAAAUGAAAAAAACAAAAAAAAAAACAACCAACUAGAUAAAAUGGUGAGUGAUGAAAUUUCAGAAGAUCAAGAAAGUGAUGAAAUAACUUUUUCAGAAAGUGAAAGUAGUGAUAGUAGUAAUGAGAGUAGUGAAAGUUUUUCCGAAGAUGAAGAAAGUGAAACACAAGUUGAUAAAGAAAUACAAAUAUAUUUCAUCUCAAAUAUAUCAGAUGAGAAAUAUAAAAUGCAAGACAAUACAACAUAUACAAUACCAAUAUAUUUUAAAAGAAUUGAUUUAUCAAAGAUGGUAAAAAAAUUAUUAAAUUUAGAUGAUGAGGAUGAUGGUAAUAUAUCAUUUGAUUUUUUAAUAAAUAAAAAAAUAUUAAGAUCUUCUAUAUCUGAAUUUUUAGAAGAAAAUAAUAUAUUAUCAGAGUCUACUAUUGAAAUAGAAUAUAUUUUAUGUUUAAAAAAAAAAACAAGUAAAAAUAUUGACGAUAUAUCAGAAUGGAUAUCAAAAAUUAUUAUUAUUGAGGAUAAAUUAUAUUGUAGUACAUUUGAAGGAAAUAUAUUAUAUUAUGAUUUAAAAAGUUUUAAUAAAAUCGAUGAGAAAAUGAUAUCAGACACACCAAUAUAUUCAUUUAAUGUAUCCAAAUAUGUUUCAAAAAAUUAUGACAAUUAUAAUAGUCAAUUUCAAAAUAUGCAUCAAUCGGUUAUUGGACUAUCAAAUGGUACAAUAAAAGUUUGCUUAAAUGAAGAAACUAAUAAAGGUAUAUCUUUAAAGAGUGAAAUAUAUUUAGGAAAUAAUGAAGAUAUGAUAAAAUGUAUUGAAUUUAAUAAAUCCCAUUCUUUACUUUUAUCUGGAGGAACUGAUAAUAAAAUAAACAUAUACGAUAAUAAUUAUAUAUUAGAAGAAUUAAAAAAUGAUAGUAGUAAUAAGAGAAAACUUAAAAAUGUAAUAACACCUAAAAAAUGUAUAUAUAAAGAAGAGGGUAUUAUAACAUCAUUAUCAUUUUUAAAUGAUACAAAAUUUUUAUGUACAUCAUUAAAUAGUAAUAUAAAUAUUUAUGAUACAACAAAUAUAGAUAUAGUUAGUUCCUAUUCAUAUAAUAAAGCUAUAUUAUCAAGUGACAUUAUUAAUGAUAAUUUAUUUGUAGCAGCUGAUGAUCAAUCUAUUAUUAAAUUAUUUGAUAUACGUUGUUUAAAUAAAACAAAUGUUAUAACAUUAAAUGGCAACAAGUAUUAUUUCCAUGAUAAGAUUAUAACUUCUUUAGAAGCAAAUAAAAAUGAAUUAUAUAUCUUAUCAGCAUCUCAUGAUGGCUUUAUUAAUAUAUAUGACAUUAGACUAAACAAAUCUCCCAUAUAUACUAUCAAAAAUGAAAAUCAAUUAAAAUAUUUAUCAUCUACUUGGUUUUAUAAUAAUUCUCAAAAUAGUUCGAUUGUAAGUGCUGAUGAACGCAACCUGGCUAUCCAUCAGUUUUAA